AUGAAACUCUCAACUGCUCUUCUCACUCUUUCGCUGGGGCAAAGUGUCGUUAACGCUUUUCCUUCUCUUGACCACCGCCGCCUGCAUGGCCUAACGCCGGAGAAGCUAAAUGCAGCAAUCCGGUCGGUAGAAGACUACCAAAAGGAGAAAAGGUUCAUCAUUGACAUCACCAAACCCAUUGAUGUUUCUGGAAGACAUGCAUUUCAGCCUCCCAAGUCCACCGACCAGCGCGGACCUUGCCCUGGACUGAACGCCCUGGCAAACCAUGGCUACAUUUCUCGCACUGGUAUCACUAGUUUCGCAGAAGUCGUUACCGCCAUCAACCAAGUCAUGGGUAUGGGUUUAGAACUCUCUCUCAUUCUUGGUAUCAUGGGAACUGUUUGGACCGGCAACCCACUGUCGCUAAAUCCUGGUUUCUCCAUCGGAGGUCCACCCACUGGACUCGUGGGGCAAAACCUAUUGGGCAACCUAAUUGGACUUUUGGGCAAGCCUCGAGGUCUUUCGGGUUCCCAUAACUGGCUCGAGUCGGACUCGUCGCUCACACGCAAUGAUCUCUAUGUCACGGGCGAUGCCGCGACCAUGAACAUGACCUUGUUCAUGGACUUCCACGACCGUGCUGACAAAAAUGGUGUGCUCUCCAUGGAUCUACUCGCCAAUCAAGCUGCUCGUCGCUGGGUGCAAAGCGUCCAAACCAACCCAAACUUCUACUAUGGUCCUGUCAGUGGCAUGGUCAGUCGCAACGCCGGUUACUUCUUCCUUGGCCGCCUCCUAUCCAACCACACAGCCGAGCAUCCCGAUGGCAUUUUGACCCAAGAGGUUUUUCGAAGCUUCUUUGGUGUUUUCAAGAAGGACAAUGGAACUUUUGAAUACCGCAAGGGACACGAGACCAUUCCCAACAACUGGUACCGCAGGACAAUCGAAUAUGGUUUGGUCCCACUUAACUUGGACAUUGUCAGCUGGGUCUUGAAAUACCCCGUUCUUGGCAGCAUUGGCGGUAAUACUGGCAAGGUGAAUUCAUUCACUGGCGUCGAUCUCGGUGACAUUUCCAGCGGCGUGGUCAACCUCACGACAUUAUUGGAGAACAACAACCUCCUCUGCUUCGUAUUCGAGGUGCUCAAGACCUUUUUACCUAAUUCGCUCUCUGGACUCCUCUCGACGCUCGAUGUUCCGAUUAGGCUAGUGACCGACACGCUUGCACAACCACUAUUGAGUUUGUCCUGUCCCGCCUGGAAGGAUCUGACUGAGGGCGGUGAGCCGCUUUGGGAUGCUCUGCAAAAGCAGUUCCCGGGAGCAACUCAAGCUGGAUCCAGCCUUUAG